AUGUCAACUGCAUUUUUGACCAGUCUGGGGGUCACUGUUCUCAUUGUCUAUGUAAUGAAUCCGCCCGUUCGUGCCGCAAUACAAGGAGCAUAUCUCGUCGCGGUCUUUUUCACCGGAGUGACCUUUGGAGCCCUCUCAAUCGUUUUCAAAGAGCUGAGUGAAGGCCUUGGGUGCCUCCUAGGAGGAUUUUGCUGUAGCAUGUGGCUCCUCUGCCUGAAGCCAGGCGGCCUCUUGACGGAAACGGAUGCAAAAAGUGGAUUCAUAGGUGCAUUUUCGGUGGCAUUUUAUGCUUUAUCAUUCAGUCAAUACACGCGCCCAUAUGGGCUGAUGGCAUCGACCGGUAUCUCCGGGGGCACAGCGGUUGCCCUAGGAAUUGACUGCUACAGUCGGGCCGGUUUGAAAGAGUUCUGGCUCUACAUCUGGGCCCUCAACGAUGAUAUCUUUCCUCUUGGCACCGACACCUAUCCGGUGACACGUAAUAUUCGUGUCGAACUUGCGGCAACGGUCAUCAUUGCUAUCCUGGGUGUUGUUUCCCAACUUAGACUAUGGCGCGUAAUCCGCGAGCGAAGGCAUAAGGAUGAAGAGAUGCGCGCCGAGGAGCAGCGCAAGAAGGAGGAAACGGAAGCCGAAAAUUCAAAGCGAUUGGAGGAGGACAACAUGAAAGAGCGGCUAGAGUGGGAAGCCAAAUACGGCAACAAUCCCGGACCGAACCUGCCAGAGCUCGCUGGUGAUGCCAAAUGCCUCGCGGAUAUUGAGAUGGAGAAGGCCGAUGCGAUGGAGACCCUUUCAAGUUCCUCCGAGGAAUCCUACCGGUGCCCUGAUUGCCAAGAGCGGGCAGACAAUGGCGAAUCUGCGUAUGCCUCUUCAAUUACGUCUGAUACAAGCGGAGCGACCGGAGGUAGCCAAACGCGACAAGAAGACGACAUGACCAAAAGCUUGGAUGGGGAUGAUUCAAGUCAAACGCUUGAGGACAAAAACGCCGCUCGGGUCAAAAGGUUCGAUGGCACACUUGCAGCACAGAUGCGUGACGAUGAGAGCUCUGAUAUGACAGCCAUCGUCGGCUCAGACGCAGGCUCAGAGCGGGGUUCUGGAUGGUCCUGGGACAAGUCGUCCGUAAAGAGCGGUGCGAGGUCCGAUUCUCAGGAAGCUCUCGUACCCUCAAAGGACGACUCAUCGACUCAUGGAAACAUGGACGCAAGGAACGACACUGCUUCUGGUAAUCCGGCGAUUGCGGCAAGUGGUGAUGUUGCAGCAAACAACGGCUCAGGUGUAAGGGAGAGCACCGUUGUUAAAGGUCCACCAAGUUCUCACGAGACGUCCUCCUCUCAAGAUGAUGCCGGGGAUAAAAUGGACGAUCGGAGUGUGUACUCACGAGAAGUGGAGGAUCAGAAACUGUCUCCAAUGCAAGAUAUGGAUGCAAAACAACCAAGGGAACCCGAUAGAGCGCUACAGAAAGACAGCAGAGAUGAAUCUCCAGCAAUGCCUUCCUUACCGCAGACGAAUGACGAACCCGUUCAAGAACAAGAAGACCCCCUGCAGCCUGGAUCAACAGCAAAGCCGAUCGAGGACACCGUCUCAACGAAGAACAAAUUACAGGCGGAUGUCUCAGCGGAUACGAAGCCAGCUCCAGAUUAUAAAGGUCCUAAGUCUCCCGAAGCCCAAGAACGCAGUCGCUCUUCGGAAGCCGUCAGCUCCUCCAUAAAAUCCGAGAUAAGCGCCGGCAAGCAGAAAACUUCAAAGCCGCAACUCAAGAUCAACAGCAAGCCUAAGAAGGAGGAACCGGUCAAAUUAGACGCAAAGGCUGUGAAGCACCUACCUCAUCGAGCAUCGAAGAUGGUCCAGAGCUACCGCACCGACGAAUGGGCAAAGCACCUAGCGGAUGCGGAGAUCCCUGAACCGGAGCCCAUCGAAUUUGUCGAAAACGAAAGGCACGAGGAAAAAUGGGAGGCCCAAGAGCCUGCGGCGCCUGUGAAUGUCGAAGAGCUGCUGCAAACGCCCUUGAAUGCACAGCCGCCACCUGCCGUUGAGCACACCCUAGGGCGCGAGCCGGGCAAUGCAAACGAGGGCCAUCGGGUGUCCAACGGAUCGCAAUCCCGUCGAGGAUCCAAGGCAAAACGGAGAUCAUCCCGAUCCACCAAGAGGCUUUCGGGUUUGUCUUCUAUGCCAGCAAGUAACUUACCCCAGUAUCCGCCUGCCGCAGCUCAGCCUCAAGCCCCUCAAGGCCCAACGAAUGGGUUUCAGGCCUACGCGAGCGCGCUGCCUCCGAUUUCUACCGCUGUUGAUCAGCCCCGAGAGGAGACGGAACCGCCCAAACCUCAAUGGAAAGGUCCACCGGCCCUCUUGGAUGUGCGGGAGGGCCUGAUGCGGAGCAGAUUAUCAUCUUUCUCCCUUGGUUCAGAUCCCUGGUCUGCGCGCAGUAGUCCGGGGAUAUCACCAAUCGAGACUUCACCACGGCACUCUACUUGCCCGAUCAUCGAAGAAGCAGACAACCUGCCGCUUUCUCAACGUCGAACCAUGCUUCAUCAGCAGAUCAUUCCAAUCUCGCAGACACCGUCAGGGCGAUGGAACGGCAAUGCAGCCGGACCAGCUCCAGUACCGAUCCCUGUCCCCGCCCCUUCGAAUACACAGGCCACCAUGGCUGCGUGGCGGGAGUAUGUGCGUGAGGAUUUGUACGACAAACGCAAUCCGUUGGCAAAGAUGAACAAUCCCGUCUCCAGCACGGGGGUGGCAGACCGGAAUCCCUUCGUCCAGGCCGAGCGAAAUGCAUCGUCCGUCAAAUUCGGCGCCCCGGUCGCGGAAAGCAAACAGCGAGGGGACAUGAGCGACCUGCAUCGAAACGCUAUGCGGCGUAUGCAAGCCAUGGCCAACCGAAAUAUGAAUGGGAAAUGA